CAACAACUGAUCUUGGACUUCAGGGAGGUAGAGAGUUCAGCGAAGUCGUGUCAGAUAUUGGACAAUAGAGAGGUGGUCCAGAUGAUUGCCAAUGCAGAAGUACUGGAUAGGUUGGUAACUGACAGGAGAGGCGGAGUAGGUGUCGUAGUAGUCAGAUGUAAAAAAUGA